UAUUUAUCGGCUCACGUAAUUUUACUGAAGUCUCACUUUUUUGCUCUUUGGAUCACUGUUUGGAUGUAUUCUAACGAAAAUGCUCUAAAGCUCACUGUAUGACAUUUCUCACCGAAUGUUCCUCUCCAGCUCACUGUUUUGUUGAGUUUAGUUACUUCUUUUUACUAGCUUCUCACUUUUUCCUUUUAUAUUUCACUAAAAAUAUCCAUGUGGUAUAUUUUUUAGUAUACUUCUGGGAUAACUGAGCAGCUGUGUAAAAUAUACUAUAAUGAGAGCUAAAAAUCUGGCAGCAAUUCGCGGGUUUUUCAUUUUUCGCCGCAAUUUGCGGCGGGUUUGUAGCGCGAGAUUCUUCUGCACGCCGUGUAAUGCGAGCAAUGCGAGAUGCGAGAGAGGAGAACCGCGGUCAAAGCAAGGUCAAGGUCAAAGUUAGAGUGGAGCAAGUUGAAGUGUACGGGUGCGAAGUUUAGAUGAACUGUGGUCAGGAAGAGCUUUGUUGAUUCGGUGCCCAGACAGCUGCAACAUGAACCAGGACAGUGAUUCUGGUGAAGAUUUUGCUGACGAGGCCUCCUUUCGUGCGCCUACUCAACAUGCGACGCCUUCGACUGUCUCAGCCUCGAGAAAACGCGGGAGGGGUCAAGUUUGGACCCAAGUGUGCUCACAUGACAGUCGAGAGCACUUUCUUGACUGGUUCCAGACAUAUGGUGACAGUGCUGGAGCAAGGUGGUCAAAGAGAAGAAGUGACAAUACUCAGAGUGGGCCAAAAGACUACUACUUCUGCAGCAUGGCUGGGUGCAAGGCACAACUGCAAGUCUUGUACAUGAACACCUCCUUCGACAUCAUUGUAUCUCACAAUGGUGAAGACCAUGUGCAUCAUCAGCAAACACCAGCAAGAGGCCUUUCAAAGGAAGCAAAAAAGGUUGUGGAAGAGCUGUACGAGGCUGGCGUCAAAAAACCACUGCAGCUCAACAGUGCUCUCCUCAACCGAGGCAUCAGCGGCCACUCAAUGAAACAGCUGAACAACUUCCUCACCAGACUGAAGACAAAAGUCCAAGGCCCAGCCACAAUAUCUUAUUUGGAGCUUGAGGAAUGGUGCAGUCAGCACUCUAUCCAGCCAGAAGAAGAUGAUUGUGCCUACGUAGUGCACCAUGACGUGUCUCCGACCUCGGGAGUGCAUGUCAUCAUGUCAACGAAACGGCUGCUGGCGAAUGCUGCGCAAUCGGAGGUCGUGCACCUCGACGCCACCUACAAGUUGACGUGGAAUGGGUUUCCCGUCAUCAUCGCUGGUGUAUCGGACCAGGCUCGCCAGUUCUUCCCGGUGGUGUUUGGCGUCAUGCAGGCCGAAACGUCGGAGGAGUACGGACUCCUACUGAACAAAAUGAAAACUGCAGUGGAGGAAGUGAGCGGAAAGACCUUCGAGCCUCGCAUCGUGGUCGCUGAUUGCGCAGACGCCAUCACGACGGCCAUAAGCCAGGUCUUUCCAGAAGCAAAACGUGGCCACUGCUGGUUUCACGUAAAGAAGGCGGCGGAAACCCAUCUGAGGAGGGAGUCGAAGGAUAUGCAGGCUAUCUGCAAGGCAGAUAUAGCAAACUUACAGCUGUGCUGUCAAGACCAGUUUGACAUGGCGGCCCAGCUCGCGCUGAACAAGUGGCGCCAGCUGUGGCCGGACUCGGGAUUCCCGGCCUACUUCGAGGACCAGUAUGUCGCUCGCUAUGGCGGCUGGUUCGAGGGCUUCGACCUGAGAGCGCCCAGCACCAACAACGGCUUGGAGUCGUUGAACGGAUCAAUCAAGACCAACCACACCCUCCGAGAGCGCCUGCCGGUGGGACGCUUCGUCGUGGCCGCCCAGUCAAUGAUUCGUGACUGGUCCCGCGAUCUGACCGGGCGCCGUCAGUUUCAAGACACUCCGAUCGCUGAUCUGGCAGUGAUGACGAAGGCGCAUCAGUAUCUGCAACAAGAGAAGGUUGUGGUGCAAGUGGGCGAAGAUUCAUUCUUCGUUCGCUCUGGCGAGGAACUCACCCUGUCCAACGAGCAGGUGGACGCAUACGUGCAGAUGGUGGAGGGAAAUCCCCAGUCAUUUGACGAGUUCGUCGACCACCGGUUCAGCAUGUGGCGCGUGCAGGACACGGGCAACAGAACAGAGGCAAUGGCUAUGUGGUGCACGUGCCCUGAAGGGCUAAAGAAGUUUGUGUGCAAGCACAGCCUUGCUAUCGGGUCGCUGUUCGGGCUCAUCGACUUCUCCGAUGUGGCGCGCGCCAUGCCAGUUGGCCGGAAGCGCAAACGAGGGCGGCCGACCUUGGCCCGUCCAGCCCUCGAGCAUCAGUGACAUCAUAGCACAGAUAGGACGAGCCGGAGUUAUCUCCUGCCCGGGUCUGGUGCGGCACAUGGCCGCCCAGGUGGCGCAUGGGCGCUGCAUCCCGAUGGAGGUCAGAAUCACAGCGCCCAACGCGUAGCUAGACCAUGCACCGACUGCCUCUACAGGAGGCGGUGUACGAAGCUACAGCGCCGACUGAUGGACAUGUCGUCAGUCGUGGGAUUUAUUUUCAUCCGUGAUGGGUGAAACCUGUCAUAGGCAAGUCAACUCAUGCAAGGCUGCUGGGAAAGGCGUACGCGCAGUUGGUUGCUCUGCCUGGGGCCAAUUUCACUGAAUUGUCAGGGAUCAAAUUGCGGCUGUUGCGCGAGUUGUCUUGAAACCGCUCACAAUCGAUUACGAUUGCAUUCAAUAUGGACGUACCUGGGAUUGUAUGUAUAUAGACCUGCUGCUAUGCUCUGUACUAGUUAAGAACGCCACGUCCGAGCUGUUUUUUGUUUUUGUUUUCUUAAGCAACGCCAUGCCUGACGCUGCGUCGCUGAUUGUCGAGCUUUUGUCGAGCUUACUGAACCAAUGGGCGCUCUGAACGUGCGGAUCUCAGCCACUCGCUUGCCAUCUCAGCACUUUAUUCCGCGUUGGUUAGAUCGCAGUUUGGCUUAGUGAAAGCUGAUUGCACUACCACUGUGUGAGUAUUUGGUAGGUUAUACGCUUUGUGAAAGUUGUGCCAUAUCUCGACUGUUUUAGCCGCCGUGGCAGGCUCUGCAGCGAGGGAAGCGCCACGCCGUAUCGCGCUGUAACCACUGCUGCCGCCCGGCCUGCAUCUGGGUUUCGGGGGUCGCCGCCCCUCCCUGCGUCCGAUGUCUUGUUUGUGCUAAUAAGUGAGUGCGACAGGGAGAGGCGGAAGUGUGCCCCCCCUCCAUCCCCUAACUGGAUGCGGCGGUCGUCCCGCGUAGGAUAUCGGGAUGAUGAUCAGGGGAUCGGUCCGUUAGAUUUGCGACCCAGUCUUAUCUCACUCAGGAACGUAUGUGCUGUGUUGAAGCCAAGAGGUGUUACAAAACACUGGUGCAUUAUUAUAGCCAAGAGGAUACAAACAGUGUUUGAAUACAUUUGUUUAUUGGU